AUGACUGUAACGCGGGUUGCGGAGUCCCGCACUGAAUUUAAAUUGAAGAGCUUGCCAGAGGACGCGAUCUCCAGUGUAAAAUUUGCGCCAAAAUCCAAUCAAUUUUUACUUGUAUCGUCGUGGGACUGCUCAGUGAGGUUAUACGAUGUAACGGCGAAUAUCGAAAGGCAUAAAUAUAACCACGAAUUGCCAGUUCUCGACGUUUGUUUUAGGGAUGCUGUACACUCUUACAGUGGAGGUCUGGAUCAGACUCUUAAGAUGUAUGAUCUGAAUGCAAGCUCUGAAACAGUUCUUGGUGAACACAAAGCGGCCAUCCGUUGUGUAGAGUUUGCUAAUGAGGUCAACGCCGUUCUGACAGGCAGUUGGGAUGGCACUGUAAAAAUGUGGGACAGCCGUGUUCCUAAUUGUGUUGGUACAUACAACCAAGGAAAUGAAAGGGUUUACACAAUGAGUAUCGUCGGUGAGAAGUUUGUGGUCGGAACGUCUGGUCGUAAAAUCUUCGUAUGGGAUGUACGAAACAUGGGUCAUGUGAAUCAAAGACGAGAAUCAUCCCUUAAGUAUCAGACAAGAUGCAUACGAGUUUUUCCUAAUAAGCAAGGCUAUGUCCUUAGUUCAAUUGAAGGCAGAGUGGCCGUGGAGUACCUCGACAGCAAUCCCGAAGUACAGAAAAAAAAGUAUGCCUUCAAAUGUCAUAGGAUUAAAGAUGGUGGCUUGGAAAAGAUUUAUCCGGUGAAUGCAAUAAGCUUCCACUCAGUGUACAACACGUUUGCGACAGGCGGCUCCGAUGGAUACGUGAACAUAUGGGAUGGCUUCAACAAAAAACGACUCUGUCAAUUCCAUAGGUACAACACAGCAGUGUCAUCACUCAGCUUCUCUCAUGAUGGAUCAGCCCUGGCUAUCGCCUGUUCGCAACUGGAUGAGACCCAAGCCGAGGAUCCGAAGCCAGAGGACAUUAUAUAUAUCAGAUACGUCACCGAUCAAGAAACCAAACCAAAAUGA